AUGAUUCCCAUUAUAAGCCAGAGGACUUGCUACAUUCUCAAACGUUUCGCCGGUAUCGAAGUCGGCAUCAGCAGUGAGUGCUGCCAUAAAGGAUACGCCUGGAUCAAGGAUCUACCGAUAACUGGAGGAAAAGGGAUCGCGAUGAAGAAAGGGGGGGUAAGAGGUUUUUGGCAAUAA